AUGCCACCAACUUCCCAAAGCCCCCCGUUGGCGAGUAUUCUGGUAGCCCGCUUUCUACGAACCAACAACUACGCCGAGUCUUUAAAUGCAUUCAUCCGUGAAGCGGGAUUGCCCGCCGACGCGGGGCAAGUAACAGACAACAAAGAGGGAAACAAUUGGACGAUCGAGAGCGUACUCGAAGAGAAGAAAGCCUUUGACCAGACUCUGGGAUUUGAACGGUACGGAGAAGAGGAAAAGGAUGAAUGGAGUGUUCCUGCACCUUCCAACCCCAAGAUCGUAGAGACACCCACAUCAUCAAACAUCCUCGCCUGCUCCGUCGAUGCAUGGAGACACCCACACGGCAAUGAGGAUAACCAAGACACCACCUCAUCUCGUCUCAUCGCCACAGGCGCAGACAAACAACUGCAUCUCUUCAAAACAGAAGCCGACAAUGCCAUCUUCAGUUCACUCCCCGGACUCUCCGAGUCCCCAAUCCUAUCAUACGUCUCUAUCCGGAACGGAGCAUACGUCUGUCUAACCAACAUGUCAGGCCAGCUCCUCUUACAAAGGGAUGCCGAGAUCCUCGACAAAAGAAAAGACCACUCCAAAUACGCCGUCAAAGUAGUCGCAUUCGAAGAGCACGACGACAACGACUCCCCCCAAAGACCUAUAUGGGUAGCCACAGCCGGCUGGGACUCCAAGAUCCAUCUCUACCGUCUAGAUAUCCCAGACUCAGACUCAGACUCAGACUCCGUAGCCAUCGGCGAGCCCAUCGCAUGCAUCACCCUAGCUUCGAACCCGGAGUCAUUGCUCUUCGUCCAACACCCCGAUACAAAGGAACUACUUCUACUCGUCUCCCGGCGCGACUCAACCCAUCUGUAUUACUACCGGGUCCAACAACAACAACAGCAACAGGACCCACCAUCCACCCCAUAUGAAUGCAUCCUCCUCGGCAAACAGAACCUGGCUCCCCAUUCCAACGCCUGGAUCGCUUUCUCCCCGUCCUGUCUCGCCCUCAGUCCCCAUGACCCGGGCCUCUUGGCCGUCGCUACCUCAACUUUACCGCAUAUGAAGGUCAUCAUUGUGCGGCUUCUGUUCCCAUCUACGGAUGGCUUGGAUGCUAGUGCGUCCGGCCGGGAGCCGGAGACACAGGCUACGCAGGCUUUUGCGGCGCUGUCGCUUCAGAAUCGCGAGGAUGCUGCCAUUGUGAUCCAGGCGAAUACGUUUGCGCCGCAGACGGCGUAUUCGACGCCGCAGGUUGUCUGGAGACCGGAUGGUUCGGGGCUUUGGGUUAAUGGGGAUGAUGGGGUGAUUCGGGGAGUGGAGGCUAGGACUGGGAAGGUGGUUACUGUGUUGAAGGAGGGGCAUGUGGUUGGGUCUAAGAUUCGGACGAUAUGGGCGGGUUGGGUGGAUGCUUUGAGGGAUGGGGAGGUUGUUAGGGAGGAGUGGUUGGUUAGUGGAGGGUUUGAUAGGAGGUUGAUUGUUUGGAAGACUUGA